AUGCUAACGGUUGGUGAUACGGUUCAGAUUAAUGGUUGCUCGACGAAGAAGAGGAUUCUGGAAACUUCCAGCGGAUGCAAUGCUUUUGACACUGUCUGUGGAGGAGCUUUGACAAACUCGAGUAUUGUGUUAAUCGAUGAGCCAAGAUCACGUCAUUACGCUUCAUUCCUCGUGAAAUAUUUUGUCGCCGAAGGAGUCCAUUACAACCAUAAAAUCCUCAUCGUUGACCCAAAUGCGGACCCAAAAACUGGUAUUCUGAGCGAAAUUCCCUCUAGAAAAAUCGUUGACGAAAAGCCGACAGGAUUUCCGGAGCGAAAAGUUGAAAAUGAGGAAAUGAGUAUUGCUUGGAGGUACGAUAAAGUGGCGAAAGUUGACUCAGCGCUGGGGUCAAGCUCGAAGCAAGAGGCGACAUACGAUUUUUCGAAUUUUUUAAAGGAUGUGGAUGCUGAAGUUUUUACCGAGUUUUCAUUCAAAAAACUUUACGAAAAAAUUGAAAAAACCAUUCGUGAUCAAGAAACUCAUACAAAAGGUGGAGGUCGAGGUGGUCCAAAAAAGAAUCUGUUGAGAAUUGUCAUCCAAAACAUUGAUUCGAUUCUUUGGGAGGAUCGAGAAAAUAUGGGAAGAUUUUUGGUAUUCUUGAGGGCACUUUUACGAUCGAGCUAUGCGAUUGCGUACAUUACCACUAACUCAUACUCCACAAACGAAUCAAUUUUCCGAGUAAUCGAGAACUGUGCAGAUGUAAACGUUCAGCUAGAAUGUUUCAAUGAAGAAGAGAAGAAGACGUUUCGCGGAAUGGGCACAGUUCACGGUUAUUUCCGCCUGAAAUCAUUGCCGAGGUUGGCUGCGCUUGGAAUGCAUUGCCCACCAAUUAUGGACCUUAUCUUUGAAGCGCAAUCUCGAAAAGGUUUUCAAAUUCGCAUAAUGCAUCUUCCACCAGCUUUGGAUGAGCCUUCGCCAUCUUCUAAGCCUUGCAAUAUCGAUUUCUGA